AUGGAAAAACUCAAAGAGGAGCUCUGGAAAACUCUGCAGGAUUUAAAAGAAGAUGAGUUCAAUGAUUUCAAGUGGUUCCUGAACCCUGAAGGCAUCCCAAAGGCUGAUCUGGAGAAUGCAGCAAGGCGGGACACAGUGGAUCUGAUGGUACAGAAACAUCAGGAUCAUGGAGCUCUGCAGCUAACCAAGACGGUAUUAGAAAAGAUCGGCAGGAAUGAUCUGGUGCAGAGUUUACAAAACUUCCAACCAGAACCAAAAGCAGAUAGUGGUCAGCAGGAGGAUUCAGAUCCACAUAAGAUCACUCUGAUAAGGAAAUCUCAGAAAGUGAAUGAAGGAACUGAAGAACCAGGAAAUGAAACCCUCCUCAAUGAUAACUACACUGAGGUCUUCAUCACAGAAAGAAAGAGUGAAGAGGAUAAUGCUCAACAUGAAGUGAAACAGCUUGAGAUAGCUUCCAAGACAAAGUCCCUCCACGACACUCCAAUCAAGUGCUACGACAUCUUUAAACCCUUACCCAACCAAAAGAAACACAUCAGAACUGUUCUGACAAGCGGCGUGGCUGGCGUUGGAAAAUCCUUCUCAGUGCAGAAGUUCACUCUGGACUGGGCACACAGCUCCAAAAACCAAGAUAUCAGUCUGCUGAUUCCACUUCCAUUCAGGGAGCUGAACAUGAUCAAAGAUGAGCCUCACAGUCUGCUCACACUGAUCCGUGCUUUCUAUCCAACAUUAGAGAACAUCACAGCAGAGAUGCUCAAAUCUAAAGGCCGAAAAGUUUUGUUCAUCUUUGACGGCCUGGAUGAAAGCAGACUUUCACUGGAUUUCAAGAACAGGAAGGAGGUCAUGUCUGAUGUCACACAGACGUCAUCAGUCAGCGUGCUGCUGAGAAACCUCAUCGAGGGGAAUCUGCUUCCCUUGGCUCUCGUCUGGAUCACUUCCCGACCUGCAGCAGCCAAUCAGAUUCCUCGUAAAUGUUUUGACAGGAUAACAGAAGUACAUGGCUUCACUGACGCCCAGCAGGAGGAGUACUUCAGGAAGAGAUUCAGUGAUGAAGAGCAGUCCAGCAGAAUCAUCUCACACAUCAAGACAUCCAGGAUUCUCCACACCAUGUGUACCAUCCCAGUCUUCUGCUGGAUCACUGCUAGAGUUUUGAAGCUCAUGUUGACUCCAGACCGGAGAGGAGAGCUACCCAAGACCAUGACUGACCUGUACUCACACUUCCUGCAGGUUCAGACAAAGAGGAAGAAGAACAAGUAUGAUGAGGGACAUGACCGGCACUCACACUUCCUGCUGCUGGGGAGGCUGGCGUUUGAACAUCUGGAGAAAGGAAACAUGCUGUUCUACCAAAAAGACCUUGAGCAGUGUGGUCUUGAUGUCAAAGGGGCCGCUGUGUUGUCAGGAUUUUUUACAGAGAUCUUCAAAACAGAGAGUGUGAUGUUCAAGAAAAAUGUCUACAGCUUUGUUCAUCUGAGUGUUCAGGAGUUUCUGGCUGCAGUCUACAUGUACCACUGUUACACAAACAGGAACAAAAAGGUACUUAAGUCCUUCCUGGGAAAAUACUACACUACAUCAUCACUGGAUGACAUAUUGAAGAGUGCCAUGGAGAAAUCUCUCAGAAGUAAAAAUGGCCACCUGGACCUGUUUGUUCGCUUCCUUCAUGGCCUCUCUCUGAAGUCCAACCAGAGUCUCUUAGGAGACCUGCUGGGGUGGAAAGAGAACAGUCCAGAAACCAUCCAGAGAGCCAUCAACAACCUGAAGGAGAUGAAAAUGUACGGUAUCUCUCCUGACAGAAGCAUCAACAUCUUCCACUGUCUGAUGGAGAUGAACGACCGCUCAGUACAUCAGGAGAUCCAAGAGUUCCUGAAGUCAGAGAACAUAUCAGAGAAGAGACUCUCUGAGAUCCAGUGCUCAGCUCUGGCCUACAUGCUGCAGAUGUCAGAGGAGGUUCUGGAUGAGUUGAACCUGAAAAAGUACAACACAUCAGAGGAGGGACGACGGAGACUGAUCCUAGCUGUGAGGAACUGCAGAAAGGCUCAACUUUCUUGGUGUUGGCUCUCAGAGACUCACUGUGAAGUUGUGGCCUCAGCUCUGAAGUCCAACCCCCAUCUGAGAGAUCUGGACAUGGGUGGAAGUGAUCUGUCUGAUUCAACAGUGAAGCUUCUGUCUGCUGGAUUGGACAGUCCAAACUGUAAACUGGAGACACUGAGAUUGGAGCGCUGCAGGUUGUCAGAGAUCAGCUGUGCUUCUCUGAUCUCAGCUCUGAAGUCCAACCCCUCCCAUCUGACAGAGCUGGAUCUGAGUCUCAAUGAGCUUCAGGACUCAGGAGUGAAGCUUCUGUGUGAUUUUCUGAAGAGUCCAGACUGUAAACUGAAGACUCUGGGAUUGAGGCUCUGCAGUUUGUCAGAGAUCAGCUGUGCUUCUCUUGCCUCAGCUCUGAAGUCCAACCCCUCCCAUCUGAGAGAGCUGGAUCUGAGUCAAAACAAGCUUCAGGAUUCAGGACUGAAGCUACUCUGUGAUUUUCUGGAGAGUCCAGACUGUAGGCUGAAGACUCUGGGACUCUCUGACUGUGGACUCUCAGCGACUCACUGUGAACUUUUGGCCUCAGCUCUGAAGUCAAACCCUCAUCUGACAGAUCUGAACCUGAGAAACAACAAACUGUCUGAUUCAGGGAUGAAGUUUCUGUCUGCUGGACUGGAGAGUCCAAACUGUAGACUGAAGACUCUGAGAUUGAGUUUCUGCAAGUUGUCAGAGAUCAGCUGUGCUUCUUUGGCCUCAGCUCUGAAGUCCAACCCCUCCCAUCUGACAGAGCUGGAUCUGGGUGGAAACGAACUUCGGGACUCAGGAGUGAUGCUGUUGUGUGAUUUUCUGAAGGGCCCAGACUGUAGACUGAAGACUCUGGGAUUGGGAUACUGCAGUUUGUCAGAGAUCAGCUGUGCUUCUCUGGCCUCAGCUCUGAAGUCCAACCCCUCCCAUCUGACAAAGCUGGAUCUGGAUUGCAACAUACUGCAGGACUCAGGACUGAAGCUUCUGUGUGAUUUCCUGAAGAGUCCAGACUGCAGACUGGAGUCUCUGGAAUUGAGGAGCUGUAGGUUGUCAGAGAUCAGCUGUGCUUCUCUGGUCUCAGCUCUGAAGUCCAACCCCUCCCAUCUGACGAAGCUGGAUCUGACUGAAAACAAGCUGCGGGACUCAGGAGUGAUGCUUCUGUGUGAUUUUCUGAAGAGUCCAGACUGUAGACUGAAGACUCUGAGAUUGGAGGCCUGCAGGCUGUCAGAGAUCAGCUGUGCUUCUCUGGUCUCAGCUCUGAAGUCCAACCCCUCCCACCUGAGAGAGCUGGUGCUGGAUGGAAACUACCCGGAGAAUUCAGAAGUGAAACUACUGUCUGAUUUUAAGGAGAGUCCAGACUGUAGGCUGGAUACUCUGAGACUUUCACGCUCUGGACUCUCAGCGACUCACUGUGAAGUUUUGGCCUCAGCUCUGAAGUCCAACCCUCAUCUGACAGAUCUGGACCUGAGCUACAACAAACUGUUUGAUUCAGACGUGAAUCUUCUGUGUGCUGGACUGGAGAGUCCAAACUGUAGACUGAAGACUCUGAGAUUGAGUGGCUGCAAGUUGUCAGAGAUCAGCUAUGCUUCUCUGGUCUCAGCUCUGAAGUCCAACCCCUCCCAUCUGACAGAGCUGGAUCUGAGUAACAACAACCUUCAGGACUCAGAAGUGAAGCAGCUGUGUGAUUUUCAGAAGAGUCCAAACUGUAGACUAAAGACUCUGAAAUUGGAUGGCUGCAUGUUGUCAGAGAUCAGCUUUGCUUCGCUGGUCUCAGCUCUGAAGUCCAACCCCUCCCAUCUGACGAAGCUGGAUCUGAGUUUCAACGAGCUUCAGGACUCCGUAAUGAAGUUACUGUGUGAUUUUCUGAAGAGUCCAGACUGUAAACUGGAGACUCUGAGAUUGACUAACAGUGGUUUGUCAGAGAUCAGCUGUGCUUCUCUGGCCUCAGCUCUGAAGUCCAACCCCUCCCAUAUGAGAGAGCUGGAUCUGAGUGCGAACAACCUGAAGAAUUCAUAUGUGAAGCAGCUGCGUGAUCUACAGCAGAGUCCAGACUGCAGACUGGAGACUCUGAGACUUUCUUGGUGUGGACUCUCAAAGACUCACUGUGAAGUUGUGGCCUCAGCUCUGAAGUCCAACCCUCAUCUGACACAUCUGAACCUGAGUCGCAACGAACUGUCUGAUUCAGGAGUAGAGCUUCUGUCUGCUGGACUGGAGAGUCCAAACUGUAGACUGGAGACUCUGAGAUUGAUUUGCUGCGGGUUGUCAGAGAUCAGCUGUACUUCUCUGGUCUCAGCUCUGAAGUCCAACCCCUCCCAUCUGACAGAGCUGGAUCUGAGCUGGAACAAGCUUCGGGACUCAGGACUGAAGCAGCUGUGUGAUUUUCUGAAGAGUCCAGACUGUAGACUGGAGACUCUGGGAUUGGAGCACUGCAGUAUAACAGAGAUCAGCUGUGCUUCUCUGGCCUCAGCUCUGAUGUCCAACCCCUCCAAUCUGGCAGAGCUGGAUCUGAGAGGAAACAAGCUGAAGGAUUCAGACGUGAUGCUGCUGUCUGAUCUUAAGGAGAAUCCAGACUGCAGACUGGAGACUAUGGCAGCAGUGGAAUUGAUCUCUGUCAGAGUCCAGGAGUGUUGA